GUAUUCCGUGAAAGUACCAACACCAUGGCAAGUAACAGAUCCGUACGGCGUGCCCAGGAACCCGUUACCUACACGUGUGCUUUGUGUGACAGUGAAGACGGGGUAAGAUGGUAUUGUAACGACUGUCAGGAGAAUUUAUGUGACCGGUGUAAGGGAUUCCAUGAACGCGGAAAGAAGACUAAAAACGACGAGGUAGUAUUGAUAGGGAAGGCUAACCGUCAGGGCGACAAGCCUGUACCAGAGGUAUGUAAACUACAUCCUGGUAAACUGUGUGAUAUGUUCUGUUCGGACUGCAACGAGUUGAUUUGUUCGAUAUGUCUAUCUAAAAAUCAUAAACAGCACAACUGGAAACUUUUUGAAGACGAACUGUCUGUCAAAAAGGAACAUUUUAAGGAACAAAUGACAAUGAUAGCUGAUAAAAUAGCAAAUUUCAAGAACAAGACGUCAGUGAGACAUUGCGUGAACAAAACGUUCAAAGACAACAUUGAUACAACCAGAAAAGAGGUAAACUCACAGAGGACUAAACUAAAGGCAGAAAUAGAUUCUAUCGCGAAUACAGUCCUGGCCGAGUUAUCAUCUUUAGAAAAAGAAGAAUCGAUGCUGCACAAGAAAGAUAUUCAGCGAUUGGAUAAAAAUGUCGAAGAGCUGACGCGUCUGCAUGAAAAGGCUACAGUGACGGAUACAUCUGGUGUAUCCAUAUUUGAAACGGAAAUGUCAUUGAGGAAAACUCUGCUCCUGUAUGAAGUUAGGAUGAAACAUGUUUCACCAAAACAACCAAGCUUUGUUACCGGAAGUAUCGACCGCGUCCUGUUGACGAAAAUGUUAGGUGAAUUACACCACGAGAACCAGUACGAGAAGACAGACAUCGACAAUAAACACGUUCAGCGUCUCUCUACGUUUACUGUUACUCAACGAAAUCAAAUAUUGGAUAUAUGUCCAGUCGACGACAGUCACGCGUGGUUAUCAAUAGACCAAUACCAGGGACUGAUACUGGUCAACAGGGAUGGUGUGGUCACAGAGACAGUAAAACUGGACUUCUAUCCGUACAGAAUCACCAUGGUCGGGACAACAGACAUACUUAUGACCAGUAAUCCACGUAGUACAUUUGUAUAUAAACUAUCACUACACAACAAACAAGUGACAACAUUUGCUGACAUCAGAUCACAUAACCUAUGUGACAUCAGUAUCAACAAGAGGGAAGAGGUGUUGUUAGUUCAACUACACCGGACAUAA